AUGGCGGAAACCAAAAAAGCUAAAAAUUAUCACUUUCAUCCUGAGUGGGAAGAGGAUUACUUUUUUGUUUUUUCGAAUUCAAAGCCAGUGUGUUUGAUCUGUAAUGCUACCGUGGCCAUUCCAAAGAAGGGAAAUUUGGAGCGACAUUUCAUGACCGUUCACAAGAGCUAUGCUAAAGACUUCCCGGCGAAAUCAGCUGUACGAACUGAAAAGGUAAACAACCUGAGGAGACAGCUAGCCGCAAAGCAGGCAGUGUUUACGCGACCUGUUAAUAAGAGUAAAACUGCCACGAUAGCGUCUUACCGUGUGAGUCGUGUUCUGGCAAAGCACAAGAAAUGUUUUAAAGACGGCGAAGUUUUCAAAGAAGCCUUUGUGGAGGCCGCGGAUGCACUUUUCGCUGACUUCAAGAACAAGAAGGAGAUCAUGUCGGCUAUUCAAGAAACCCAGCUAUCCAGGAACACCAUUACAAGGCGGUGCGAGACCAUGUCAGAGGACAUUGAACGACAGCUUAGAAAUGACAUUGAGAGCUGUCUUUGUUUUUCGCUGCAAUUUGACGAAUCAACUGAUGCUGUGGAUGUGGCGCAGUUAUGUGUUUUCAUUCGGAUGGUUUUUCAUAACAUGACGGCAAAAGAAGAGAUUCUGACAAUUUUGCCUUUGAAAGGGCACACAAGAGGGUCGGAUGUUUUUGACACGUUUAUGGAGUUUGUCAGUAAGUCGCAUUUACCCCUCUUCAAACUUACGUCAAUCACAACUGAUGGGGCUCCAUCUAUGGUUGGGCAUACUGCUGGGUUCGUUGCUUUGUGCAAGCAGUCGGAAUCUUUCCCUGAUUUUUUGAACUAUCACUGUAUCAUUCACCAACAAGGGCUGUGCGGGAAGAUUUUGAACAUGAAGGACGUCAUGGACGUAGCUAUAAAAAUCGCGUGCUCUUUUCGGGCCAGGAGUUUACAGAGGCGCUUAUUCCGUGCCCAGCUCGAGGAGGCAGGUGCAGACCACACCGAUCUGCUGCUGCACACCGACGUCAGGUGGUUGAGCCGAGGCAAAUUCCUCGAAAGAUUUUUGGAACUUUUGCCCGAAAUUAAAGAGUUCCUGAAGCACACAACUACCCAUGCUGCUGCUUAUACUCAGCUGGAGGACGGUCAGUGGCUCGCUGAUUUGGCUUUUCUCACAGAUGUCACCAAUAAGAUCAAUGACUUGAAUCUCGAGCUGCAGGGGAAAGGAAAGCACAUCGCCAACAUGAUCAGUUCAGUGAACACCUUUAAAACGAAGUUGCGCCUGCUGUUACGCAGGUUGCAACAGUGUGAUGUCAGGAACUUUCCGCACUUGGAGGCUGAACUCCGCCGUCAGGGCAAAGACAGUGUGGAACUUGCUCGUUAUGAGCAACAGAUCCAAAACAUUCUUUUGGAGUUUGAGCGCCGGUUUACUGACUUUGCGUCCAUUGAGCCUGUUGCUCAGUUUCUUAGCCACACUCUUCAGCCUGGACUCCAGUGCUGUCGAGAAUGA